UUGUAGUUCGGAGUAGAAGUGUUACCAACACGUGAACACAAAACGGACGUUUGUCUGACCAGUGCUGCCUGUCAUCGGCCAGCGUGUGAGGUUGCACUCUCGCUGGCUCUCGCGAGAGUCUCCGCUGCUAGCGUCUCUGCUCUGGUCCCAAUCUUGUUAUCCAGCAACAAGACGAAGACGAAGAAGAAAAAAAAAAAAAAAAGAAGAAGAAGGAGACGACGACGACGACGACGAAUCCUAACGGGACCCCAACGGGCCGCUAUGCGUCCCGUACCUCCGCGGCGCUUCCCUCGAUAGGGGUCGGCUCGACCCAGCUGACGGACGCCUAUGCCGGGAUGCAAUUUGCAGGAUGUGGUCUCACAGGCGUCGCCGAGCCGUCGCGGCCCGAGCGUGGCGAGGAAACGCGGAUCAUGUAGCCGGACGGCGUAGGCUCCCAUGAUGCAUCGCGGCCCAUGAGCGUCGGGCUCGCCACUGGCCUGUAAGCGAUCGGACGCGCUCGCGCGCUGGUCCGAUUCGGCGGGAGGAUGAACGGCUCGCUUUUGACUCCGCCCAGCCCACGGGCCGCUGACUCCUCUCCCUUGCCCCCGUCGCCUUCCCCGUCGCCCUCCCCGCCGUCGCCCUCUCUGCUGCCUCUGUCGCCGCGACCGCCCCCCCUCCCGCCCCUGGUGAGUCCACCGCCCCCGGCCCACCCCUCCUCCUCGCUUUCGGACACGCCCACGCCCUCACCCUCGCCCUGCCUCAGCUGGACUGAAUUCUGUGAGCUUCACGCCCGCGUGGCGGCCGGUGACUUUGCGCGGCAUUUCCGGGCGUUCCUCUUGGAGAACCCGCACUACUCGCCCGACUCGGCCGCCGCCUUUUGCCGCCGCUUCACCGACCGCUUCGUCCGCCACUUUCAGAGCGAACUGGAGGGGGCGUCGCAGCUCGGCGGGGAGGAGCCGGUGAGCUGGGCUCCCCGGUCGGAUGCCAACUCCCUGGAAGAAGAGGCCGCCUCCCCCUCGUUGGCGUCCGAGGGGGGGGGGCCGCCCUGCCCCUGCCCCGCCGCGAAUCCGUCGCGGCCCGCCUGCAAGCCGGCGCCCGCUCGGCUCCUGCUGGACAGCCGCAGCGGCGACAGAUUCCAGGAUCCCUACGCCCACGGCCAGGUCCUGCCUCCGUCUUCGUCGUCGUCCUGCUGCUCCUCCGUGGGCGGCAACAACGGCAGGCGGGCCGCCGCGGGCGGGAACGGUGACGCUCCCGCCGAGGAAGAGGAGGACGGCUGGCCGGGGGCGGAGGCGGAGCUGGACGAGCGGGAAGCGGAGAGCGGCGAGGCCGACUUCCCCGACUCCUCCCGCGCGCCCCCCUCCGGCUCUAAAAACAAAGUGAAGAAGCGCUUCUCGCUACGCAGCGUGGGGCGGAGCGUCCGCGGGAGCGUGCGCGGCAUCCUGCACUGGCGGAGCUCGUCCAGCGAGUCGGUGCCGAGCCCGCUGCCCGCCAGCUACAGCUACACCGCGGGCGUGCAGGACGCCGGCCCGGCCCGGAACGCCGCCACCCAGCCGCCCACGCCCACCUCCUCCAUGCCCGUGUCUCUGUCCAUGCCCCUGUCCCUGCCCCAUUCGUCCUCGUCCUCUCUGCCCCCCUCGUCGUCCAGCAGCGCCACCUCCCUGUCGCACUCAGACGCCGCCCGGGACCGCCGGCGGAGCAACGGCGAAGGCGGCGACAAGGACAAGUGGAGCCACCGUCUGGAGAAAUUGCGACUGACGCGCUCCCCGCCCCCCGUCCUCACCUCCGUGCCUCCGCCCGGGAAAGCGGGACGGCUGGUUCGGGAAGGCGGGGUGAGCGUCAGUUCGUCCAACGAUGAGCUGAGCGGCGGUCACGGCUUCCCGGGGUUCUCGUUCGCUCUCCCGCUUCACGGCCCCGACGACAACAACGUGCCCUGGAGGGGCGGACGCUGGCACAAGUGUCGUCUGGUCUUCCGGGAGCGGGAGCGGGAACGGGAAGGUGACGGGGGGGAAGAGUACUACUUGGAAUUCUUCAUCCCGCCCAAGGCAUCCAAACCGCGGCGGACGGUCGCGUGCGGCGCCAUCGUCGACGUGAGGAGCACGACCGCGCUGGAGGUCCCCGACAAGGAGAACAGCUUCCUGCUGCAGCUUGAGGGCGGCGUCCAGUACGUGAUCGAGACGCGGGACGCCGUCCAGAUGAGGGCGUGGCUCAGCGACAUCCGCAGCAGGCUCUGUUUCAGCGGGCGGGAAGAUCUCGACGGCGGCGCCCACCCGGACGUCGUCGAGCGUCUGUCUCAAGCGUGUUACGGCGGCGUCGCGGGCUCCCCCCCUCUCACGGAGCCUCUCCCCCCGGAAUUGCCGCCCCGAGCCCCUCUGGACGAAUCUGAUGCGCGCAUUUUCGGCGGGGGCGGGGCCGGGGCCGGCCUCGGUACGCCGGACGCGACAGGCUCCUUCCUGUUCUCCGAGGCGACGGCGGGCGAGGCUCUGGAGCACCCGCUCAGCGAGUGCCAGUGGUUCCACGGCACCCUGUCGCGCCUCAAAGCCGCCCAGCUGGUCCUGGCGGGCGGGCCGGCGAGCCACGGCGUCUUUCUGGUACGGCAGAGCGAAACGCGGCGCGGCGAGUACGUUCUCACCUUCAACUUCCAGGGGAAGGCCAAGCACCUGCGUCUGUCUCUGAACGAGGACGGCCAGUGCCGCGUGCAGCACCUUUGGUUCCAGUCCAUCUUCGACAUGUUGGAGCACUUCCGCGUGCAUCCCAUCCCGCUGGAGUCGGGCGGCGCCUCGGACGUCACGCUCGUCAGCUUCGUGGGCGCCGCCGCCGUCCGCCAACCGGGCCGCGACAGAGCGGGCAGCCGGCCCACCGUCUGUGAUGUCAUCACCACACGCCAUCCCGACUCCCCAUCAACACCCAUCUCUGACUGUGUAUGGAAAGCUAAAAUGGAACAAACAAUCAAACAAUUUCCCCCCCCCAAGCAGACUUGACCAGCAGACCCCGUAGCCCCCCGCAGCCGCCCCCCCUGCCGCCGGGACGCCCGCCGCCCCCGACUCCGCCGCAGGAGCGAGGACGAGAGUCCGACCCGGAGGCGACGACCGUGGCGGGAAGCGGCGACGCGGUGGAGGAGCGGGACGACGGGGACAAUCUGCCGCGCCAGCUGGAGGCGGCGGACGGAGACGAGACGGAACCCGCGUGGGCCCCCCGAGCCGUGGACAACCAAUACUCGUUCUUCUGAGGACGAGCUGGACUUUUUUGUCGUGAGGGGAGCGGCGCAACUACGACAAGUCGGAACACUAAAUGCAGGCGGGCAACGCGGCACGAGACGGACGGACGGGCGUCGACGGCGGCUUUCCAGGCUGACUGAGCGCCGCGUACCUCGCACGACCGGACCGCCGCCCGACCUCCACGACCACCUCACCCGAGGGCGCACGUGGUGUGUGUGUGUGUGUGUGUGUGUGUGUGUGUGUGUGCGCGCGCGCGAGCGGCCGCUCGCUUGACUUUUCUGGUAAAGGCCAGCCAACGCAGGCCUCUAAAAUUGUCUGUAAAAUAUCAAAUCAUAAUUCAUGAACUCUUCUCACCAAUAAAUAGCAUUUGUGUUAUUGAAA